CGCGGCGCCGGCGCGGAGCGGGUGUGGCGGCUCGGCCUGCGCGGCGGGCGCUGACUGCGAGCGAACUAUAUAGUGACAAUUGAAGGAAUUUUGAAAGAUGUCUAAAGUUUAGUGGCUGCCUCUGUCUUCUGUCUUCUCACCCUCGGGAAAAAUAAAUAAAUGGGAUGUUUCAGAAGAGAGCUAUAUAAAAAGAAGAAUGUUGCAAAUGGCUUCAGAAUCUACCAAUGGGAAACAAGUUAGGAGUCACGUGACGAAGGGGCGGCGCCAGCACCCGCACCAGCACCAGCAGCAGCCCGCGGCGAGGAGCAGGUCCUCUGUCAGCGAGGGUGAUGGCGACGACUCCUUCAUCUUCGAAGCCAAUGAAGCCUGGAAAGACUUUCACAGCUCCCUCCUCCGGUUCUACGAGAACGGGGAGCUCUGUGACGUCACACUAAAGGUUGGCUCGAAGCUCAUCUCCUGUCACAAGUUGGUGCUGGCUUGUGUGAUCCCCUACUUCAGAGCCAUGUUUCUCUCCGAAAUGGCUGAGGCCAAGCAGGCGCUGAUUGAGAUUCGAGACUUUGACGGAGAUGCCGUGGAAGACUUGGUGACGUUCGUCUACUCUUCACGGCUCACGUUGACAGUGGACAACGUGCAGCCUCUGCUGUACGCAGCUUGUAUUCUGCAGGUUGAACUGGUGGCCAGAGCCUGCUGCGAGUACAUGAAGUUGCAUUUCCACCCCUCCAACUGCCUGGCGGUGCGAGCCUUUGCGGAGAGUCACAACCGGAUAGACCUGAUGGACAUGGCGGACCAGUACGCCUGCGAGCACUUCACAGAGGUGGUGGAAUGCGAAGACUUCGUGAGCGUGUCCCCCCAGCACCUCCACAAGCUUCUGUCCUCCAGUGACCUCAACAUUGACAGCGAGAAGCAGGUCUAUAGCGCGGCCAUCAAGUGGCUUCUCGCCAAUCCCCAGCAUCAUCCUAAGUGGCUGGAUGAGACGCUUGCGCAGGUUCGUCUGCCGUUGCUGCCGGUUGAUUUUCUGAUGGGUGUUGUGGCAAAGGAGCAGAUUGUCAAGCAAAAUCUGAAAUGUAGAGAUCUGUUGGAUGAAGCAAGAAAUUACCACCUUCAUUUGAGCAGCAAACCAGUUCCUGACUUUGAGUACACAGUCCGGACUACGCCAAGGAAGCAUACGGCUGGUGUGCUGUUCUGUGUAGGUGGCCGAGGGGGAUCGGGUGACCCCUUUCGCAGUAUCGAGUGCUAUUCCAUCAACAAAAACAGUUGGUUCUUUGGACCAGAAAUGAAUAGCCGAAGGCGACACGUGGGUGUGAUCUCCGUGGAAGGUAAAGUGUACGCGGUGGGCGGACAUGACGGCAACGAGCACUUAGGCAGCAUGGAGAUGUUUGAUCCUCUCAAUAAAUGGAUGAUGAAGGCGUCGAUGAACACCAAGAGGCGGGGGAUUGCCUUGGCCUCUUUGGGGGGCCCGAUAUAUGCAAUCGGAGGGCUAGACGACAACACGUGCUUCAGCGACGUGGAGAGAUACGACAUCGAAUCCGACCAGUGGAGUACAGUGGCACCCAUGAACACUCCCCGCGGGGGCGUUGGCUCUGUGGCCUUAAUAAACCAUGUUUAUGCAGUGGGCGGUAAUGAUGGAGUGGCUUCCUUAUCCAGUGUGGAAAGGUACCAUCCACACCUGGACAAGUGGAUAGAAGUCAAGGAAAUGGGUCAGCGGAGAGCGGGCAAUGGCGUCAGCGAGCUUCACGGCUGUCUCUAUGUUGUUGGUGGCUUUGACGAUAAUUCCCCUUUGAGCUCAGUUGAGCGGUAUGACCCUCGGAGCAACAAGUGGGACUAUGUGGCUGCACUCACCACUCCCAGGGGUGGAGUAGGGAUCGCAACAGUGAUGGGCAAAAUCUUUGCAGUUGGUGGUCAUAAUGGCAACGCCUACCUAAACACCGUGGAAGCGUUUGAUCCGGUGCUGAAUAAGUGGGAGCUGGUUGGGCCUGUGUCUCACUGCAGAGCUGGCGCUGGUGUGGCCGUGUGUGACUGUUCAACUAGCCAGAUCCGAGAUGUAGGACACGGGUCCACUAAUGUGGUUGACUGUAUGUAACUUGAGUCCCGGCAAUGACAGUGCAAGCACAUCUGAUGGAUGGGAA